AUGACCCACAGACAGAAGCAAAGGACUGCUAAAGCCAAAAGAGAAUCCUUCUUCUUGGCAAGAUCCGCCAGUAAAAAAACGCGGGAGGCCGGUAGCCCCAUCCAAGAUGGCAGCGGGAACCGCUCCCGCGAGGGAUCCCUCUCACCUGCAGCUUCCACAGGCUCCCUAGCGGAGGAACAGCCUCUCACAGCAACCUCCAUGAGGCUGAUGCUUUCGGAACUAGCUGACACCUUCCAAGCAAACAUGAAAAAGCAACUGCAGGGCCUGGCAGCAGAGAUGAGGAAGGACAUAGCAGAAAUAGGCCAGCGCACAGCUCAAGUGGAGCAGAAGCUAGAUGAAUGUGUGGACGCACACAACUGCCUGGCAGAUAAAGUGCAAGUACAAGAAGCAAAUCUACAAGCGUUAAAAAUUAAAAUGGCUCAUCUGGAGGACCGGUCCAGGAGAAAUAACAUCCGGAUAAGGGGCAUCCCUGAAACAGUACUACCAAUGGGCCUACAUGACUACCUCCAAGACAUGUUCCAGGCGCUCGCCCCAGAGACACAGCCGGACCAACUGGUAGUGGGCAGGGUACACCGCCUUAGAAGACCACAACAUCUCCCGCCAACAGCAGAGAGAGAUGUCAUAGCACGCAUCCACUUUUUCCAUGUGAAGGAAAGGAUUGUGAAGGCAAGCAGAAUGGCAGACAUGCCAAAUCCAUAUGGGCACAUUAAAAUCUUCGCCGACCUAUCAGCAGAAACCGCCCUGAGAGAGAAGAACAUAGCCUACAGAUGGGGAUACCCCGCCAAGCUGUUGAUCCACUGGGAAGGGAAGAUGCAUGUGAUAACUAAUGCAGAAAAGGGUCUCAACCAACUUAAGGACUGGGGCAUCCAAAUCUCGGGUGUGUUGAAACAACACCCUACCACAACUACCAGGGUUACAAGAGACUGGUCCACUACCUGA